GGAAAAUAUCGCAUUUUCAGUGCAUUACAUUAUCUGGUGAGGGUUUCAAGUCUAUGUUUUUGGACCUGGUCCUCGGUAUUGACACGGUUGGCACGGCCAAAGUCCUAUUUCUAAGCAACCCUGAUUUACGUUACUAUUUAUGUUCUAAUCAAUCAUGCUUAAUCAUGCUAAGGAGUACUAGGAGUACUAGGUUCGAUCCAAAUCGUCGCCAAAGAACUAGGUAGGGAACAAGGAAGGGCAUCAUUCAGCUGGACUAGACCUUCAUUGAAUACGGUGGGCUGGGGGCUGAGAGGGUUCCGUGCACACAUGCCGAAAAGAACGGGUGGGCAGGGUGGCCCAAAGGGUCUGGCCGCCCGGCCGGGCCCACUGGGCUCCAGCCCCUACGACAUCUUAGUCAAAUGGGCUAUCCAACGCGGCUGGGCCCGACCCGAGCUCACGCUCCUCAGCUCGGAGGGACCUUCGCACCGGCGGAUAUUCACGGUCCAGGCCACCUUCCACCACUGGACGCACUUGGGCCAAGGUACCUCCAUUAAAAGGGCCAAGCACCAGGCCGCCCGGGCCUUGAUCGCGCAACUGUCCAGUUCAGACUUCCCCGGCUCUGACCCACCACCCCCGCCACCCGCCGUCGGCUCUGAGAGCGCACCUCAUCUCGGUGGGUGGCCCGAUGAGGUCCCAUCAACCCCCGCGGAGUCCGGGCCGUCGGACCAGUCGCCCCCGGUCAUCCCCGGUCUGAUGGACGUGCUCCAGGCCCUGCCUGGACCCGGGCCGUCAGUCCCCUUGACCGACUGUGAUGAAUUGGUACUGGAUAAAGUCAGGCGCAUUGGGGCCUCGUCCGGCUUCAUCCACCGUUUGACGGCUAUGGUUGGCCGGGUAGAGCGGGCUUUAAUGGCCACGGCCUGGCAUUGGGCCCACGACCCCGUUUAUUGCCUGUUGGGUGCCACACGGGUCGGGAGGCUGGCCCAGGGCUCACUCCUGGCCACCGAUGGCGCCGUUCAUCUGGUAGUUAUGGCCCAGGUCCGGCCCUCCUAUCGUUUCCUUCAAGAUCUGCGGCAGGAAUUGGCCCGCCUCUUGGCCACGGGGCCUCCUCAACGCCAUUAUCAAUGUCAUCUUGUGCCUGAGCGGAGUCGAAUCUGCGUCGCACUGGGCCGGUCAGCUGACCCUGUCAACCUCAAUAUCACUGUCACUUCCCACCAAUGGAAACAGUUAGCCUCAGACCCCGAUCCCUUGCCCACGGGGGCCCGGGAUAGCGGCCUAUGGGCCUUAACAGAAAUUCGUCGUUACCGAUGGUUUGAAGCGUGCCUCCAACCCGCCCCGUUGGGUGUGGCUAUAGUGCAAAUUCUGCGAGAUUGGGCUGCCCGCCACCCCGUCAUGAAUGUUUUGUCAGAUUGGUCCCUGGAAUUGCUCACGGAGCGAGCUUGGUAUUGCCAAAUGGAACCGCUUACACCCUCUCGCCUCCUGCUUGGGGUCUUUGAGAUUGUCGCCUCAGGCCUUGUCUUGCCCGGUGGACCUGGUCUCAUUGAUCCGUGUGAGCCGGAACCUGUGGAUGUGUUGGGUUAUCUGAGCCCUCAACAACGUGAAGAUGUCACCCGCAUUGCUCAAUUGUGCUUGAGAAAAGUUAUCUUUAGGCAGAUCCAUGAUGUCUUGGGUCUUCCCGAGCUCCCAAUAAACCCCAGAAUCCACGCUUAAUCUCAACCAUCAGGUAUGACAGGCUCGGAAGAUGAGGAGUAGGGUAAUCACUCGGCUGCAUCACCCUCCUCCCCCUUACAUGUCAACGAUGCCGGUGUCGAGGACACUGACCCAGAGACACAGAAAUUGACAGAAAUUGGCUUAGCAAAAGCGAGGACUCAGUUGAGGUCCAAACCUGUUGAUAUGUACAGAGCGGAUUAGUGUUUGUUUUUGAAAGCGAAAUAUCGAAUAUUUAUUUUCCUUUUCA